GGUGUCUGGGAUGGAGGCAGAGGGACCUUGAGAACAUCCAGCCGGACCAGCCAGAGCAGGACUGGAGGAAAGAGGAGCCGGCGGUGGGGAGGGGAGACAGAAAGAGCCCGUCCCUUUUCACUCAAGGUCAUUUGGCCACGGGGCACAAGCAGUGACAGAGCGAGCACACGGGCGAACACCCUCUGAGCCACUGGGGACACUGGCCGGGCAGGAGCAGCCUGAGAAGGGAGGCCCUGGGGUCCUAGGAAUGCAGCAGAGGGGCUUGGUGAAAAAAAUCACAGGAAGCCUGGAGCCUCUUCUCGCCCCUCCACAAAACUCGUACCCCGAACCCUGCUGGACUGAUCUUGUCGGGGUUCUUGGAGGUUCAUGGCGGAGGAGACCUGCAGAAACUGUCCCAGGAGAAUCACCCAGAGCAGCCCGGGCUUUCUGGGCAGGCAGCCUCAGCCCUGGGGUCCAACGGGCUGUGAGGUCAGGGGCUCUCUCAGGACUUACAUUGCAUCGGGGAUAUGAAGUCAUCCAGAGAUAAUUUCAAGUGUGUAGGACAAGUGAUCGGUGCCAACGUGUGCACGUAUGGAGCUGUCACAGCCACUUCUAUUAAUUUCUGCAGUCGAUGCAUGUUAAUAAAAUAUCUCCAAAAAUUUUAAAAGGUCAAGUGCAGGUGUCGCCAGCUGUGCACCACAAGUGAUUGGCCAAGGACCCACGUUUGAGUGCUCUGGGCACCACAGCAGUGAAUGAAAAUGGAGGAUGGAGAUUACAAUGAUUCUAUCACCUAUGAUGAAAGUUACCUGGAUGGUUUUGACUCCAUCAUGAUCUUGAAGGAGUCCUCUCCCCUGGAAGCCAGGGUAGUCAGGAUCUUCCUAGUGGUGAUCUACAGCAUCAUCUGUUUCCUUGGGAUCUUGGGCAAUGGCCUGGUGAUUGUCAUUGUCACCUUCAAGAUGAAGAAGACGGUGAACACGGUCUGGUUCCUCAAUCUGGCUGUGGCAGAUUUCCUGUUCAACGUCUUCUUGCCCAUCUACAUAGUCUACGCCGCCAUGGACUACCACUGGGUGUUUGGGACAGCCAUGUGCAAGAUCAGCAACUUCCUGCUCAUCCACAACAUGUACACCAGUGUCUUCCUGCUGACCGUCAUCAGCUUUGACCGCUGCAUCUCUGUGCUCCUUCCUGUCUGGUCCCAGAACCACCGCAGCGUCCGCCUGGCCUACACUGCCUGCAUGGUUAUCUGGGUGCUGGCUUUCUUCUUGAGUUCCCCAUCCCUCAUCUUCCGGGACACAGCCCAUCUGGAUGGGAAAAUAUUCUGCUUCAACAACUUUAGCCUGUCCGCACCUGGGUCAUUCUCCGGGCUGGCUCACUUCCAUAUGGACUCCGUGGGGCACAGCCGGCAGAUGGGGGUGACUCUCACCCGCUUUCUCUGCGGUUUCCUGGUCCCUGUCUUCAUCAUCACAGCCUGCUACCUCACCAUCGUCAGCAAGCUGCAGCGCAACCGCUUGGCCAAGAACAAGAAGCCCUUCAAGAUUAUUGUGACCAUCAUCGUCACCUUCUUCCUCUGCUGGUGCCCCUUCCACACGCUCUACCUCCUGGAGCUCUACCACACGGUCAUACCUGGUGCUGUGUUCAGCCUGGGUUUGCCCCUCGCCACUGCCAUCGCCAUUGCCAACAGCUGCAUGAACCCCAUUCUGUACGUUUUCAUGGGCCAGGACUUCAAGAAGUUAAAGGUGACCCUCUUCUCCCGCUUGGUCAAUGCUCUGAGCGAGGACACUGGCCACUCCUCCUACCCUAGCCACAGGAGCUUUACCAAGAUGUCCUCCAUGAAUGAGAAGUCCUCGGUGAACGAAAAGGAGACCAGCAUGCUGUGAGUCUCCCCGAGGAGUCCCCAGUGGGCACUCCCAAUGCAGGGCUGCCCCAGGACCCACCAAGCCCAGUGCAUUUUCGAAUGGGGAACCAUAUUUUGAACUGGGAAUCCAGUACACGGAACCUCUUUCUCCAUGUGGGAUGGUGGACAGAGCCUAUCACGUGGCUCAUAACCUUGGACUUGAAAUCUCUGCUUAAUGGGAGACCAGCCUUUUCCGAUUUGGGACCAGGAAGGAAGAACUCUCCAAGGCACUGCCAUGAACUGGGUUCAGCAUAAGGCUGUGGGAUGAAGCCACGUACUGUGUACCCAGAAGUGCCACACUCUGUGAGGCCUCUAGUGUGAACAGGAGAGGUCAGAGCAAACCCAGUGUGAUGCAGUUCACGCUUCACCCCUUGUACCUGGCUCAGUAGUCAGCCAGAAGACUCCACUCUUCCAGCCUUUCCUCUGGGCUUAAGGAGUGUGCAAUAUGUAGUCACCUGGGACAGGAGCAUGGCCUCAGCCCACGAACUUUCAACACCACAAGCUUAAUGUUCAGAUGAAUUGGGGAGAUGGAGACCAGAGGGGCUAUGCAUGCUCUUUAUAAAUGCAAGACAAGGGGGGCCUGCAAAUAGGACAUGGGGCUUGGUUGGGGGUGGGUCAGGAAUGGUAAAGGCAGAGGAAAGACCCCCCCCAAAAGGUCAUGGACAUGGAGCACCUCACCCCAGAACUUCGCAGAGCAACGGUGCUUUGGCCAAAGGUGCUAUAGGGGUGUGGUGGUACCGUAUCCUUGCCCCAGCUCUGCUCUCAUCUGGUGAAGGUUGCCUGGGACAGCUUCACCAGGAGCCGACACCGGUCACAAGGUUUCCUCCUCCCUUCUCUGAUCCACUCAGCUCUGGCUGGAGGUGCUCGGCCUAACACCUUCCCGGGGUGGGUGUGGCGGGGAGGGCUUCCACUUUUCUCCCGUCCCCUCCAAGCCUUGGUGGAGACUGGUCUAGAGCGUGGCUUUGGGAAGCAGACUGGGAGCUGGCCUGGAGGUGACCACAGCCCGGGAUCCCACUGCUUCCACCGCGCUCCUGAGAUAAGACACCAAGCAUUCGUGUGUGGCCUGAGUCCCGGCUCUUCCUGUCCGAACCAGACACUUCCCGCUGCAGGGAAUGACGUCAUCUACUCACAAACAACAAGGCUGAGGUUCCGAGGCCGAAAGUAACUUCGCUCUCAUCACGCACAGUGAAUCAGUGGCAGAGCCUGUCUGGCUCCAGAGAUUUCAUUCCCUUAUUAAGAACGUAAUCUGUGGACCAUAAUGACCACCCACAUUUAUUUAGCACUUUCCAUGUAUUGUCUCGUUUAUUCCUCACAGCAACUCUUAAAUUAGGUACAAUGAUUAUUUCCCUCUUACCUAGGAGGAGUCUGAAGCUCAGAGAGAUUAAGUAACUCGCCCAAGGGCACCGAACUAGUCCCUGCCAGAGGCUGGGUGGGAACUUCAGUUUGCUUGGCUCAGAUGAGGCUUCAGAGUCAGGAAGCAACUAGAGAGGUUGGAGUUGUAACUUUGACUAUCGAUUCUUCAGCAGAUGGACGUGAACAUCUUCGUGGCGUUUUAGAAGCUCUGCAAGUUGUUUUCAAACUGAUCCAGCAUAUACAGAAAAGGCAUUUGGCCUCUAGCUCCCUCGACACCCAUCAACGUUACUUCGCCCCAGGGCUGCCAUUCUCAGCACCCUCUGAGGCCUGCAGAAAAGUGGGGUGGGGUAGGCUUGGCGGGAGGCAGCCUCUGUGAGCCAGGGCUUUCUGGACCCUAAGUGUCCACAUUCUGUUCUCUUCCCAGUCCCCUUGUUGCUAAGCCAGCUCCCUAACAGGAUGCGAGGAACAGAUGUAAUGUCUACCUCUCGCUGGGCCAGUCGCCGAGCUGCAGGCUGUUUGCAAUCACACUUCAUUAAAGGACAGACUGUUCCUUCCUUGUUGGGGCUUGGUGCUUAUGAGGAGGUGGCUCUGAGUGGACACAGGCUGAGGACUCGAUUGCUUCAAGGAGUCUGCCCUUGCUCCACUGGACAGCAAAGAUGGUCCAGUGUUCUGCCACGCCUUCCCUAGAUUUCAGAUGAAGCAACAGAAGUACAAGAUAGCGCAACAUUUGCCCCAUCCCUGGUCGCAGGUCACAGGGUCAUCGGUGACUUGGGGAUGGUGAGGCUCCUUCUGGCUUCCUGGCAGACCAGGCCAGGCUGGGGAGCCAGGAAUUCGUGUCAUCAUCGGAAAAGCUGAUCAACAGGAGCACAGUUCAAGCCUGUUGUUUUCCUCCUCAGAGCCAAACCUCCCUCUUUCUGGCUGCUACACCAGUGUCCCUGUUCUGACUGCAGUUUACUGUCCAGUAUUAAACGCAACCGUGACAACCCCCGUCAGUCUUGUCCCCUCUGUUCUUCCGAGCAUCUCCGCGGGUCACAUAAGUAUGAUCCCUGCAAUGGGCAAAACGAGCUCCCCCACAUCACUCCACAGGCAGGCAACGUGCU